CCAAACCCUAUCCUUCUUCUCCUUCUCCUUCUCCUUCGUCGACCUCGACCCCUCCCUUCCCUCACCACCAGCAACCACCCCCCGUCGUCUCCCAUCGGCCAAACCAUCGACGGCGCCCAUAUGAAGCUCUCCUCCAAUUAACCAUUCCCUUCCCCCAUCUGACGAACCCUAAAUCCCAAAAUUUUCGAAUCCACUUCUCCCUGAAUCUUCUUCUUCUCCUUAAAUUUUCGAAUCCAUAAUCUUCUUCUUCUCCCAUCAACCAUGUCCAAUUCCGACGUCGCCGCCAUGAUCGACUUUCUAUUUCACCCUCACCUCCACAGACACCACCACCAGCCGCCGCCCUCCCCUGCCUCCUCCGCUCCCCCUCCUUCCACCGCCACCACAACUUCCUCCACGGCUCCGCCUCCAACCUUCGCGACCUGCAUGCAAGCAGGCAGCCUCCACCAGCCGCGCCGCCUGCCGCCUCCAUCCGCCGUCGCGCGAACGUCGUCUGCCUCCGCCUCUGUCCGCCGGCUUCACGAGGUCGCUCUUCCCUCUCCCGUCGGCGGCAAGCCCUCCUUCUCGGCUGCUUCUUGAAUCUUGAGUGGAAAAGAAAGGAGAGAGAAGGAUGGUUGAGAGAGACGGAGAAGAUAAUGAAUAAGUGGUGGUGGUGGAGAUAAAGAAUAAGUGAUUCC